AUGGAGGCCUGUAUCUUAAUAAGGAGCUUACGGAGCUUACGGCAUCUAGCUAGGCACCCGACGAGUUUGUGCUCUCUCAUCUUCAGAGCUUUGGCUGAUCUGAUGGGACUUUCCCCCAGUGUACUCAGCAAAUUCAGAGGAGACGCACCGCCCAUGGAGAAUAUGGUGGGCAAAUCGCCGGAGCCGGAGCUGCCACCGGAUAUGCUGUCGAGCAUCUUUGCCCUCCUCGAGGUCCCUGACCUCGUGCGCGCAGGCUCUGUCUGCUCCUCUUGGCGGUCGGUGUACACCGGACUACGCCGUCAGCUUCUGAAGCACAAACAGCGCCAGACGCCUUGCCUCCUCUACCACACCUCUGAAUCUACUGGAGAGAAUGCAGCUUGCCUCUACAGCCUUGUGGAAAAGAGGGCCUACAAAUUAACCCUCCCUGAUCCACCCAUCCGCAGUAGGUAUCUGAUUGGCUCUUCGCAUGGUUGGCUGAUCACUUCCGAUGAGAGGUCCGAGCUGCACCUUGUAAAUCCAAUCACUGGUGAACAGAUUGGUCUCCCGUCAGUGAUUACUCUUGAGCAAGUCAAGCCGGUCUUUGACGAUGAAGGUGCUAUUCAUAAGUAUGAGUUAUGGAAGCCACGGUACACUGCACUUGCAGAAUUCCUUGGUCACGAGCCCUCAAUUUAUGCUCGCGAUGAGCUCCGUGACCACCUCUACUUCAAGGCAUAUUUGUUUCCUGAUUCGCAAACAGGAAGCUACAUUGUGGUCCUCAUUCAUAAUCCAGAAUAUCAGAUUUCAUUUGCAAGGGCAGGGGACUGUGGGUGGACAUUUCUACCACCGGGUUGGAACUAUCAGGAAUGCAUCUACAAGGAUGGUCUACUGUAUGCAGUGACAGGAACUGGAGCAGUUGAUGCUUUUGAUCUCUCUGGUUCUACUGUCACAAGGACGACGGUUCUGGGUGACAUGAAGCAUUAUAUUUGUGAGCACAUAUACAUUGUUCAGGCACCGUGGGGCGAUAUGCUGCAAGUUUGGAGGGAACAGCCCACUGUAGAUGGUGAUGCUGGUUCAGAGAACAUAGAGGAAACCAGCAAAAUAUUUGUAUAUAAGAUUGACAUGGCAGCAAAAAAGCUUGUGGAAAUAAAUGGCUUGCAUGGCCAUGUGUUGUUUCUUGGGCAUAGCCAGACACUGUGUCUCAGUGUGGAAGAAUAUCCACAAUUGAAAGCAAACUGUGUCUACUUCACUGACGAUGAAGAAUAUAUUUCGAUGUAUAAGAAUCUUCAUCGUGAUAUAGGCGUUCUAAAUUUGGAAAACAGCAGCAGGGAAGAAAUUGUGCCUCGGAUUUAUUGCACCUGGCCAAAUCCCAUAUGGAUUGCACCCAGUCUUAGAAUGAUGCACUCGGGAUUGAUGUAA